AUGCUCUGGACAUGGACGGGGACAUGGCUAUCCACGUGUAUCGUCCUUAUGGCGAACAAGACGCACCCCGCCAGGACGCCACAAGGCGGUUCCUAUACACACUUAUUACAACCCCCGACGAACAAGAGUGGAGGGACAUGCUGGCCGCGGCUAUUCGCCUCAAUACCUGGCGCGAGCACCACCUACGGGCAGUGUUACGCAGCGUGCAUCAGACACAGUACGAUAUUGGUGGACAGCAGGGGGGCCGUCAAAAUACACGGGCUGCUGGAUGCACGCCAGCCACGCGUCUUCAACGCGCAUUGGGUGUUUUGCAAACCGCUGUGGAUGAGGGCUACCAGCCUGCCCCAGAGUCCGUGCACGCGCUUCUUGUCGUUGCUUUGCGCGCCAGCUUGCGAGGAGCUGGGGCCAUUGUGGCGGAAAAACGAGUCCAAGGGGCCGCAGCAGCACCCUCUUUUGCUCCCUCGCUCGACCCUCUGGCAGUUCCUUGCUUGGAUGGAGCGACACGACUACCACGUGAUGUCCACCGCCGUGUUGGAGGACCUGGAGCGUGUGAUUGAGGAUGCAGCCCAUGAAGGCAGGAGCGGGGAGCGGACGAGCGGGGUUCGACAAAACCGUUUAGAGUACCUGCAACGUGAACGUGAUCGACUACUUCGCGGUGGCCAAACUUCGUCACAGCGGGGCGGCAACAGGCGCGAGGUGCGACCUGUGACGGUACCGGACGAUGGUUGCAAGUAA